UGGGCGGAGCUUCAGUCCUGUAACCUGUGUGAGUGACGCGUCUCUUUACAGCGGAAACAUGAAACAUUUGCAGACGCCUGCUGCUGGACCCUGACGCCUCCCUGACCCCGUCCACAGGUCUGUCCAAACGAGGGCCACCAUGGCGACAAGGACGGUCCAGCACAGUCAAGGUGUUGGUCUGGUCCUGGUGGAAUUCCACUACGAGUAUCAGGGACGGGAUGGCGCUCUGGUCUCCAUCCAACCCAACGAGCGCUACGUCCUGCUAGCCAAGACCAACGAGCACUGGUGGCAGGUGCAGAGCUCCUGUGGGUCCAAGCCUUUCUACAUCCCGGCUCAGUACGUCAAGGAGCUGCCCUCUGAACUCCCCUCACCCCUGGACUUUGCUCAGCCGCUCAGUCCCAAACCAGAGCCUCUUCCUGUGGCGGCCCCAGUUCAGACCCCUGUCCCGAUACCGAAGAUUCUGGAGGAGCCCAACGGCACCAGAAACAAGCCCGGAGACGAAGUGAUGAUCCGACUGAGGCCUGAUGCCGCUGGCAGCCACAGGAAGACUGAGAAUCGCAUGUCGACCUUUGGCGUGCCCUUGGACACCCAGGACCCGGUCCCGCCUCCCAGACAACACACCUCUAUCUCCACUGCUGGAGAGGCCCGAAACACUAAUGCUGCUGUGAACCUGCUGGACACGACGCCCCAGACCCAGGUCCGCUCACAGUUAUUCCCCAAGACUGAAGCCAUCCCUGUGGAGACGCCGACCGUCCCACCUGACCGGCCUCGCUCACCUGUGAAGGAGCCAGAAGGGUUGGAUGGGGUGGACGGGUCCUGUGAGGUGAGGUCAACCGAGGACCGGCCCAAAGAAGAGGCCUGUCUCGAAGAGGGGUCCGAGGAAGUGGGGCCCAACAAGGAGCGGCACAAGUCGUCGGAGGAUUCUGCUGCAAGUGGAAUUGUGGAUGAGGACUAUUCCUCAAACUCCAACCACAUCUAUGAGUCCAUCCUGGACCUGAACCUGGACCCUGCUCUUUUGACUGGCGGCCCGUUGAGUCCGGACCUGUCUUCAGAAGAGGGUGAUGGUGUGUGGGAGCAGCUGCUGGACCAAGUUUCGGGGCGCACCUAUUACUACAACUCUGUCACCGGAGCCACCUCCUGGAGCACGCCGGAGCCUGCUUCCAAGCCAACUGAGCCUCAACCUCCCCCACUUCCUGCUGAGGACUACCCCGUGGCCCCUGUGCUGCAGGUACUGGCUCACAGACGGAGCGGGUCGGACUGGGCAGAGGUAGAUGCAAGUCACUCCUUCACUCACGACUCGCUGCUGCAGAGCCACCUGCUGGAGAAAGCAGGGAUCAUCAACAAAACGAAAGUGGGGGAAAAUGGGAAGAAGAUUCGGAAGAACUGGAGCCAAUCCUGGACCGUCCUCCAUGGUGGAAUACUGACCUUCUACAGAGACCCGAAGACCACACCGUCAGGCGGCGCUAGUAAGUCGUCGCAGAUUGUUCCGGAGUACUCGGUGGAGCUGAGAGGGGCGUCAGUGGCCUGGGCAUCCCGGGACAAGUCAUCCAGGAAGAACGUGCUGGAGCUGAAGACUCGGUUGGGAUGUGAGUUCCUGAUGCAGAAUGACACCGACAGCAUCAUCUGCGACUGGAUGAAGGUCAUCGAGGAGACCAUCCGACAACUGGAAGUGGACCACCAGUCAGAGAGCGAGGACGAGGACUCGGACAGAGACGACAGGAAGACAUCGUCCCGCUCCAGUUCUGAGCAGAGGCGGGUUCGGUCCAAACUCAGGAGGUUCCUCCAGCGCCGGCCGACUCUGCAAAGCGUCAAGGAGAAAGGCUACAUACGAGACAGUGUUUUCGGCUGCCACCUGGAUACACUCUGCCACAGAGAAAACUCCACCGUGCCUCGGUUCAUAGAGAAAUGCAUCAAAGCUGUGGAGAGACGAGGUUUGGACGUGGAUGGCAUUUACCGAGUCAGCGGAAACCUGGCCAUGAUCCAGAAACUCCGACAUCAAGUUGAUCACGAGGAGCAGCUGGACCUGGACCAGUGGGCGGAGAUUCACGUGGUGACCGGAGCCCUGAAGCUGUUUCUGCGGGAGCUUCCAGAACCGCUCUUCCCCUUCAGCAGCUACGACAAGUUCAUCGCUGCCAUCCAGCUUCCUGACCCGGCUCUCAGAGUUUCCUACGUGAAGGAUCUGAUCCGACUUCUGCCGCUGCCGAACCACGAUACCAUGGACAUUCUGUUCAGACACCUGCGCAGGGUGGUGGACCACAGAGAGUCCAACAGGAUGUCUGCCCAGAGCGUCGCCAUCGUGUUCGGACCCACUCUGCUUCGGCCUCAGAUCGAAUCGGCUCAGAUGACGGUCCACAUGGUGUUCCAGAGCCAGAUUGUAGAACUGAUCCUGAACCAGUACAACAGCCUCUUCACAGCAGAACCCUAGAACCUCAGGACUAGCAGCACCAAGGAUGGAAACGAACAUGCUGUGUCAGCACCUCAGGGGAACGUGGAAACUGACUCGUGGAUUCUACUGAACACUUUUCAACUGGAACUGUUUUAUCUCAAACUGACUGUGUCUGAUGUCAUCGCUGGCCUUUUUUUUGUAGUUUCUGGGAUUUUUUAUUUCUAUUCGGUCCAUUUUGAUUCAAGUGAUGUUUGCUGUACUACUGCUGUUUUUGUUCACCGUUUCUCAUCUGGAAAUAAAUGUUUAAUUGGC